AUGGAUCCAGCUCUCAUCCCACAACACUCCAGUCAUUCAUCCAAUUCCAACAGCUCUGCAAAGAAGAAGGGAAGACAUCGCAAAUUAGAUUCUCUCACCUAUGAAACCAUCAGAGAGUACUUUGUGUAUACCCAAACACAGGCAGCAAAGAAGCUUGGUGUAUCCGUAUCUACUCUGAAGAGAAAAUUCUACAGCUUGGGAUACGAGAACAGAUGGCCCUAUAUUAGAACCGUUACUCCAAAGAAGAAGAAAGGCUCUCCUUCAUCCAAGAAGAAUCGCUCAGAGGAUGAUGAUGACGAGGAGUCGUUCGAAGAGUAUUCUUCCUCUGGUGAGGAGAUCGAGUAUGAUGACUCACAAGAAUAUCAAGAAGAAGAAGAACAACAACCCUCCAGCAACAAGAAGAGAAAAGUCAAUAAUGAGAAGGGCCAAACAAUUCAACAACCAAAAGUUUUGAGCUUUUCAACCACCAGCGGAGUGAUGAAAGUGAACCAAGAAGAGGAAAAACUCACCCAAUCAAAACCAAACACCAUUUCUUCUCCAACAGAUUCGGAGGAGGAAGAAUACAUCUCAUCAGAGGACGAAGAAGAUCAACAGCUCGUUAUUCAUGAUGAAGAGGAAGAUGGCUCUGACGAUGAACAACAAAAGAAGGAAGAGAUCAAGAACGGCAGAAAGGCAACUCACAGCAGCCUCCAUAAUACAUCCACAACCAGUAGCAGCACACCAACUCCUCAACCAAUGUACUUCCACCAUUCAUCUUCUCGCUCUAACUUGUCCCUUGCAGAACCAACCUCCUAUCAUCACUAUCCCAUGAACCACUUUUAUAUUUGCAAUCCCGAAAACAGCAAUGAUGCCUUUUCGACCUACAACAAAUACAACACAUCCUCUCAACACGCAAACAGCAACGAACUAUAUAGUGCCUCUAGCAAUCGUCUGUUCAAUGAGGUUUCAAACCAAAGCCAAGAUCAAUUCCAAGAUGACUUCUUAGCAGCCUCCAUGUUGUGUCGUUUUGCAUCAGAGAAAAGUUUGACAGCUGCCAAUGGUGAUGGAAGAACAACAACAACAAACACUGCUCCAUCAUCAUCAAGCACCCACUCAACACACUUUAUGAACUAUCAUGCACAUCCCUUAAAGAAACGCCUUCCAUCAUUCAGCGAAUUCUCAAAGAACCUGUAUUCCAAGCCUCCUAUUAUGAAUAAGGAAGACUUAAUCCUUGUUCCAAUGAAAACAAUUGGUGAGAAUGAAAACCGAGAGUGA